ACAAAUAUUGUAGUGGACCAAUCAGGAAAGAGGUCAAGCGUAGGAACACUAGCAAGCUGUUUUGAAAACAGUAAAGUGAGGUUGUCGCUAUUUUAUUUUAAACCAGCGUUGCUUCAAAGGACAGACGUUUUCAUUUACAAAUCAUGACUUCACAAGUCAGGCAGAAUUAUCACCAGGACUGUGAGGCAGCCAUAAACAGGCAGAUAAACCUGGAGCUGUAUGCCUCGUAUGUUUACCUCUCCAUGGCUUAUUACUUUGACCGGGAUGACAAAGCCUUGCCGAACUUCGCCAAAUUCUUUAGGGCACAGUCCCUGGAAGAGAAGGAGCAUGCUGAGAAACUGAUGAGUCAGCAGAACAAGAGAGGAGGGAGGAUCUUCCUACAGGAUAUUCGGAAACCUGACAGAGAUGAGUGGGGCAGUGGUGUAGAGGCUCUUGAAUGCGCUCUGCAGCUGGAGAAGAGUGUGAACCAGUCACUACUGGACCUGCACAAGGUCGCUUCUGACCACACAGACCCGCACUUGUGUGAUUUUAUAGAGACGCACUACCUGGACGAGCAGGUGAAGUCCAUCAAAGAGCUGGCCGACUGGGUGGCUAACCUGCGCCGUAUGGGCGCGCCACAGAACGGCAUGGCCGAGUACCUGUUCGACAAGCACACUCUGGGCAAGGAGGAGAGCACUUAAGAACUGUAGUGCCACCACCACCACAUCAGGGCCAGUACUAGCUGCUAUCAGGGGUCUGUUGUGACUGUCGCAUGUGGGUUUGUCCAACCCGGGCGUAUCAUAAUCAAGAACAGCUUGUGCAUAGUUUUAUUGACAAGAUGUACAUCCUCACUGUACUGUAUGCUGCUUUGAUUAAAAUUCAGUAUAUAUAUACAUAUAUAUAUUACGGAGGAAAUACUGUCCCAGGACCAGUGUGGUCCUAAUGAUAGCCAUAAGCACUUUAUGUGUAAUGUUCCCUUUGAAAGGCUCAGCCUGUUUUCCGUCCCAAUCCCGUUUCCCCUUUAGAGACAUCCCUGCUUCUGUAAUGCAGGUACUACAUUUAUUUGUGUUCUGCUUGCUCAUCUGCAGUUUCUAUUAUAUGCAGAACACAUGUAUAUCACAUACAGCGUGUAUAUAGGAUCUUCCUCCUAUAUACGCUGCGUUCAAUAAAAGACUGUUGGAACAACCAGCCAA